AUUCCUGUGUCCCUGUCAGUUGCCGUGUAGUAUUCUCGACUCCCGUUGAACCAGGCUGCGUCUACAGACUCCAGGAUGAAUAAUACAACCUUUCCGUCAAACUGGACCGAGAGCACUACCAAGGGAAACCUGAACGCACUGUUCCAGUCUCAGCUGGCACCAAUGGUAGACAAAGCUACUAAAGAUAUGGUGGAGGACAUCGUUUACUGCGGGAUCCUUCCAGCUCUCACAAUACUCGGAACGACGGGUAACAUCUUGAGCUGCAUCGUCCUGAUGAUUCAGGGACUCAAGGAUUCAACUAACAUCUUCCUGUUUGUCCUGACCAUAUCCGACACAGGUAACCUGCUUACUAGUGGCAUUCGUAGGGUUGAAUGUAUUCUCGGGAAAUUCGACGCUCUUCUUGGAAUGAACUACUACAUGAUAACUCUACCCCAGAUGAAGGUCAUCAGUAUUAUCUUCAGUCGUUUUACAGGGGUCAUCACAAUGCUGAUAUCUAUAGAACGGUGUAUAGCGGUGACCAGACCGAUGAAAGUGAGGCUUUGGUUUACAUCCAAGAGAGUAUGGAUCAUGGUACUUGUAUUAAUCGUCCUGACAGUGUCUCUGAUUACCCCCACGUUCUUUACAAUGCAGCUCAACUGGACAACCAACCCCAAAACUAAGGCUCCAAUGGCUUACGUUUCGUUAACCGAGUUCUACACAAAGAACAUUGUAGUAUUGAACUGGUACUUGAAUAUCUUUCUCACCGUUGUCUUUCGAUUCAUUCCGGUUAUCUUUAUUUUUACAACAUCAGUCACCAUCAUCAUUACAUUGAGGAAAGCAAGUGCCUUCCAAAAGGCUGCCUCAUCGGCCAAGGAUGAAAAGUUGGCCAAAGUGACUAGGAUGAUGCUUACAAUCUGUAUAUCAUACGUCACAUUCAACAUCCCUGCCUGCCUCCAUCAGAUGUUCGUGAUGAUGUAUCCGGAAUACAAUCUCCGAGGGUUUGAAAAGAAUGUAUUUUACCUUGUCAGCGCAUUCGGUCAACUGGCAGAAGCAACUAAUUCUGCUUGGAAUUUCGUAUUGUACUUCGUCCUGAGUGAGAAAUUCGCUUCGACCCUGAAACGCGUGCUCUGCUAUUCCUGCAAGAAGUUGGCGAUCCACAAAUCUGCCAAACCUACAGCAUCCUCUUCCGCCGGUGACACCAAGGAAACACAUCUCUCGGGGACUAAAGCUUCCCAGAAUGAGAAUUCGAAAUUAUGAACUAAAUUGUAGUUUUUACAUUUGUGGAAUUUAUUUAUUUAUUUAUUGAGGUACACUAGAAUCUACAAUUUUCUUUCUGUCUGUCAUUUGUGUUCCUAGUUGGUGUUCAACAGUAAAUCUGGUGUAGUGAAACAAUGUAAAU